AGAGCGAAGCGCCCGAUGGGAGGGAGGGAUCUUGAGAAUUUCGGGAGUCGCCUGAACCACACCGCGGUCCACUUCGUCCCCGCACAAGUCUCCCCGCAAACAGCACGUCUCGCUCAGCGACACUUGCACAUCUGCUUCCAAUAUGGCGCCCAAGAAACAACAGAAGAUGAGCCUGAACGAGUUCCUGGGUGAUAACGCCCUUGGAUCAUGGGCCGACGAAAUGGAUGCCCUUCCUACUGCUCCGGCAGCUAGGUCGGAUGGCCUUGGAGGACUUUCGGGCGCCCCUGAUCGCGGAAGGAGGGACGACUUCUUGUCUUCACGUUCCGAUCGCGGACCUCCUCGCGAAGACCUCCCGCUCCCCACGGAGCCUCCCUACACGGCCUUCGUUGGUAACUUGGCCUUCGAUCUCGCCGAGGGUGAGCUGGAGGAGUUUUUUAGCCCGAUUCAGACCAAAUCAGUCAAAAUCAUCCGGGAUAGGGAUGAUCGCCCGAAAGGUUUCGGAUACAUCGAGUUCGCCGACCUGGAUGGUCUGAAGGAUGCCUUGGCCAAGUCCGGUUCGAGCUUUGCCGGGCGUACCGUCCGAGUCAGCGUAGCGGAGCCUCCAAAAGAGCGCUCUGGAUUCGGCGGUAGCGGUGGGUUCGAUGACGAGAAAUUCGCGGGCCCGUGGCGACGUGACGGACCCCUGCCUGACCUGUCCUCUCGCGAUGACUCUCGCAGACGGUUCGAAGGGGCUCCUGGUCCGCGCGACCGCGAGCCUCUCCCGCCGUCUGUCUCCGACACGACCUCUGACUGGCGCUCAGCCGCCCGCGGGCCGGUCCGGGGCGCCAGCCCUCCGCGGUUCGCGAAAAGGACAUCCUUCAGAGAGGACGCCCCCGCGUCGCGCGCCGACGCGGAGGACACCUGGGUUCGUGGUGCCAAGUUCCAGCCCAGCGCGCCGCCCGCAGAGGGCCCGGGCAGCAGGUUCGGCGCCGCGCGCGGCAGGGGCGACAUGGGUCCGCCGCCUGCGCAGAGCCAGCCCGAAGAGAGUGACUGGCGGCGGCCGAGCGCGAUAUCCCGCAACAGUACUUCGCCGAGUGGCUCGACGCCGCCGACGCCGCAGAUGGGCCGUCGCAAGCUCGAGCUGCUGCCUCGCUCGAGCGGCCCCUCUGUCACCCCGUCUCCCCUCGCGUCGCCCAACCCUGCCAACGCUGCCCCUAGCGCCACGCGCUCAAAUCCCUUCGGCACCGCCAAGCCUGUGGACGUGUCUGCCAAGGAGCACGAAGUUGAACAGCGCCUCGAGAAAGAAAAGGAAGCCGUCAAAGAACGUACGACGCACACGAUGUCACGGACAUCCUCGCGGCAGGCGUCCCACCACGGCCGUACUCGCGACGGUCCGACGCCGCCUACGUCUGCCGUGACUAGCCCCGUCUCACCGAGUGCGGAGUCUCACAGGUCCCUUCCGAGGAACGCCACUGAGCCGAGUGUGCGGCCGACCUUCAGCUUUGCGAGCGCUGCCGCAGGUAAGAAGGACCUCCCCGAGGAUGUGCCAGAGGAGAAAGGUGUCGAGGACGCCACGGAGAAGCUGGGUGAAGUGACGAUCUAGGUAUGGCAUGUAGCGAAGGCCGCCAAAGGGCCGCUUAGCAUGCAAAAAUGCGCGUCCGGGUCUGCCCGUUUCUCGUUGCUCGUUGCUCGGGCGAUCGCAAAUUAUCCUCUCACUCAAUGUUGCCUUUGUGACUUUCUCUGCUCGUUUGUUUGCUCUCCAGGUUUGUGUUCGCGUUGAUGUAUGUCGCCAUGUUUGUCCCGCAGUACACUGACUGGGAUGCUGUUCCGUGCUUGCUGAGGCACCGUUCGAAGUCGCUCAUGUUACCUACUCGUUAUGCCUAUUGUGUGACUAUAGUUGCUUAGAGUAGAGAGUAUACCAAAUCACAACCAGAUCGUGCAUGCAGUGCCGAUUAGAUCACGCUCGGUACCGCGCCAGGUGGGUCCACGAAUGAAUGAAUGCACUUCGCGACUAGUCAUACAUACAUGAU